GCCGGGGUCCAAGACCUUUCAGCUGCUGGAGAUGCUGCAUGGGGGGUGCGGCCCAGCGCAACUGCCCUCUGGCAUGGUGGUGGCCAACGAGCUGGACAUCCGUCGCUGCCACCUGCUGGUGCACCAGACGCAGCGCCUGUCGUCGCCCUGCAUCCUCGUCACCAACCACGCCGCACAGCUCUUCCCCUCCCUCGCCCUCCCUGCUCCCCCCUCCGCUGCUGCCCCUGGUGCGGGCACAGGGGGCACGGGCGGAGAGGAGGGAGGAGAGAAGGAGGCAGAGAAGGGGAGAGAGGAGAAGGGGGAUAAGGCGGAAGCUAAGGUCGAGGAGCAGGAGGGAGGCAACGGGGCAGGGAGCGGGGGAGUGGUGGUGGGGGGAGAGGGUGGGAGUGAGUCGCAGGGCGAAGCAGUGCUGUUUGAUCGCAUUCUGUGUGACGUGCCGUGCAGCGGCGAUGGCACCAUGCGCAAGGCACCUGAUAUCUGGAAGAAGUGGAACACAGGCAAUGGCAACGGCCUGCACGCCCUACAGAUCAAAAUCGCAAUGAGGGCGGUGGCGCUGCUGCGGGUGGGCGGUCGCCUGGUCUACUCCACGUGCUCGCUCAACCCCAUUGAGAACGAGGCCGUCGUUGCGCAGAUCCUCCGGGAGUCCAACGGAUGCAUGCGUCUGGUGGACAGCUCGCACAUGCUGCCAAACCUCAAGCGCUCCCCGGGCCUCAAGUCCUGGAAGGUGAAAGAUCGGUUUGGGUGGCACACGCACUACACUCCGCGCAUUGUCUACCGUGGGGCUGUCACCACCCCCUCCAUGUUCCCCUCCGGUAAAGCACCCGCUGCUGCUGCUGCAGCUACAACUGCUGCCACAGCUGCUACUGCUCCUGCUGCCGUCAAUGGUGCUACAGCUGCCUCUGAUGCUGCCGUUGAUGCUGCCGUUAAUGCUGCUAAAGAUGCUACGCCAGCAGUUGCGGAAGUGAAAGCUUCUGGUACGGAUGGAGGAGAUGCGGAGGGGGAGGGGGAGCAGGGGAAAGCAAAGGAAUUGCAGGGAGAGGAAGGAAAGGGGAAAGAAGAUGAGGGAAGGCAGAAAGUGCAGGGGGAAAAGCGAGAGGAGGGUGAGAAAGAGGAGGCACAGGAGGGAGAAAAGGCAGAGGAGGGACGGAAAGAGGGUGGGAGGAGGGAGAAACAGGAGAAAGAGCAAGAGGAGGAAGAGGAGGCAGAGGUGUGCGAGCAGCCAGUGGAGCUGUGUCUGCGGGUGCUGCCACAGCAGCAGGACACAGGAGGGUUCUUCAUUGCUGUGCUGGACAAGAUUGGCCCGUACACUCCCCCCCCUCGCCAACCCGAGUGGUGGAGGGAAAGGGAGGGGGGAGACGGAGGGCCUGAGGAGGGGGAGGGUGAUGGCCUGGAGAACAGAGGAAGGGGGCGAGGUAGAGGAAGGGGGAGAGGGAGGGGAAGAAGAGGGAGAGGGGGAGACGGGGAUAGGGAAGGGGAGGUGAAGGCAGAGGGGGAGGCAGUUGAGGAGGUGGGAGAUGAGGGGACGGAGGGAGGGGAUGCAGUGGAGGGAGGUGAGGCAAUGGAGGUGGAGGAGGAAGGGAGGAAUGAUGCUGACACCGACGCUCCGGAUGCCGAUGCUCCUGAUGCUCCUGAUUCCAUAAAUGGUGUAUCGGAGCAAGGGGAUCCUGCAGCAGAGGAGGCAGAAGCCGACCCAAUGGACGGCACUGAACCCAACACCGCUCCGUCCCCUGCAUCCCCUGCUUCACCUUCCUCACCUGCUGCCGCUGGGGCUGGCGACAGCGUCGCAGCAGAGAAGCAGCAGCGGCUGCAGCGGCGGCAGCAGCAGGGGCGGUGGCGGGGCGUGGAUCCGGUCCUCUUCCUCAACGACGAGCCCACCAUCGCGAGCAUCGAGGCGUUCUACGGCGUCCGCCCGGACUUCCCCCUGCGCUCACAGCUCAUCGUGCGCAGUGACGCACCCAGCCACAGCAAGAGGAUCUACCUCGUGUCGAAGCCCAUAGCGCAAGCUAUCAAGGCCAACCAGGCGUCGGGGCAGCGGCUCAAGAUGGUGUCCACUGGGGUGAAGCUCUUUGAGCGGCAGAGCAGCAAGGACGGCGAGGUGCCGUGCUGCUUCCGCCUGUCAGCGGAGGGGCUGCCGUUUAUCCUGCCGUUCCUCACGCGCCAGCUCGUGCACGUGCCCCCACCCGACUUCCACCUGCUGCUCUCCAAGCGCUCCGUGCUGCUCACUGAUCUGUCGGAGGGCGUGGGGAAGGCGCUGGAGGCGGCUGACAUGGGCUGCGUGGUGCUCGUGCUGGACCCUAAAGAUGCUCCGGAAGCAGGUGCGGAGCCCCGGGAGCAGCAGCGGCUGACGGGCAGGGAGGCGGCGGUGAUCGUGUGGCGGGGGCGGCGCAACGUGGGGCUGAUGCUGUCGAAGGUGGAGUCCAACCAGAUGCUGCAGUGGCUCGACCUGCCAGCCUACGCUGUUGACACGACAAGCACUGAUGCCACUGCUGCUGCUGCUGAUGGUGCUGUUGACAAUGGUGGUGGUGGUGAUGGUGCUGGUGCUGGUGCCAGUGGUGGUGAUGGUGCAAAUGGUUCUGCUGCUAGUGCACCUGCUGCUGCUGCUGCUGCUGCGGCUGCAGGAGAUGCGGCUGCCACGGAGAGCAACGAGGCGGUUGCAUCUGCAGAGGGUUGAGUCUGGGCUUCCAGCUAUUGCUGUUGCAUGUCCCACACCCAUUAGUAGUAGGUAUCCCUGGAAGGAUAAUUUCUUUUGUUGACCCACCAAUUUUUCACCCGCUUGCAGAAUUCUCACUAGAUCAAAUGUACAGGCACAGUCGCCUGUGCAUCUCCCUUUCUCAGUGAAGCAUUGUUUCAGCGAGUACUGUCAAGAGAUACGCUGGGGUUGCCCUUGAGAUCCUCAGGGAAGGGUCAGUGUCAACAAAUAUAUUUAUAUAGCUUAG